AUGGCCCCUUUAGGAGUACCAAGUGGUGGUGGCGGCGGGCAUCGAGACUCCCUGGAGCUAGCCUCUCUCGCGAGCUCGAGCCACUUGAACGACGAUGAAGUGUCGAACCCAUCCUCCCGACCGAGCAUAUCCUCUUCGCGGAGGCUCUCCCUUAUUGACGAGGAGGACCCUCUCGAUGAUGGAAACCCUGCGGGCAGGGGGCGAAUGCACCGAUCUUAUUCAGUUUCGUCAGGCUUCGAUUUUGCCGCAAAUCUUUUCCCCCUCAGCUCGACGACGGGCGCCGACGGAUAUGCGCCCUUAGGGAACUCGACAUCGACAGCGCGACCGAACGCUGGCGCGGGUGGUGGAUUAUUGGAGCGGAAUAAGACGUUAACGUACUUCAAUGGGUUAUCGCUUAUCAUCGGGUUGGUGAUUGGUUCUGGGAUAUUCUCCUCGCCCAGUCAGGUGAACUCGAACGUUGGAUCGCCAGGAGCCGCGCUGAUUGUUUGGAUCGUUUCUGGACUCCUGGUAUGGACGGGAGCAUCCUCGUACGCAGAGCUCGGUGGCUCUAUUCCUCUGAAUGGCGGACCCCAGGUCUACCUCGCCAAAAUCUUUGGCGAGCUGUCUGGGUUCCUCUUCACCUGGGUCGCUGUUCUUGUGUUGAAACCAGGAAGCGCCGCUAUCAUCGCCAUUAUCAUGGGCGAGUAUCUUGUGCGGGCCUUUGCUCCAACCAAUGCGGACGAGCUCAGCCCUUGGGUAAGCAAGGGCAUUGCUAUGGGCGGCGUGGUCAUCGUCACGAUAAUGAAUUGCAUUUCGACCAAGAUGGGAACCAAGGCAAAUGAUAUACUUAUGCUAUUGAAAUUUGUCGCAUUGAUAGGUGUCACCAUUACCGGAAUUGUUGUCGCCAUAACAGGGUUUUCCUACGACGGGUCACCAAACAAGGAGUGGAAAUCAGAUUGGUUUACGGAUACAUCGGACGACUUGUCUGCUUGGGCUGUUGCGCUUUAUGCUGGCUUGUGGGCAUAUGAUGGCUGGGAUAACACAAGCUAUGUUGUUGGCGAGUUCAUCAACCCCAGCCGGGAUUUACCUCGAGUCAUCCAUACCGCAAUGCCGCUGGUCAUUCUGUCGUAUGUUGCUGGUAAUGUCGUGUAUUUCCUGGUCCUUCCCAUCGAGGACAUCAACAGUUCAAACACUGUCGCAGUGGCGUUUGGACACAAGGUAUUUGGCCCAAUCGGUGCCCUUGUGCUUGCACUUGUUGUCAGUGCCAGCUGUUUUGGGGCUCUCAACUCAUCGACCUUCACUUCCAGCCGCCUGAUAUACGUCGCGGGCAAGGAAGGUUAUAUUCCCGGAUUUUUCGGGCGCCUCGGUGUGGGUGCAGCGAGCGAGGAGUUGCGAGUGAGCAGACAGUACAGCCAGAGCUGGUUUUCCAAGAAAGCACGCUCGUGCUUCGCUGAUGGAGACAUGGGCUUGUUCUACACUCCCAUCUUCGCCCUGAUCCUCAACCUGGUUCUCACUCUUGCUUACUGUGUGGUCGGCGAAUUCGGCACCUUGGUCACAUUCUACGGAGUAGCAGGAUACACAUUUUACUUCAUGACCGUGCUCGGCGUCAUUGUUUUGCGCGUCAAGGAGCCGAACCUGGAGCGCCCAUACAAGACGUGGAUCGUCACCCCCGUGGUCUUCUGCUGCGUCAGUCUUUUUCUACUGAGCAGGGCGGUCUUCGCCCAGCCUCUCCAGACCGUCAUCGUCAUCGCAUUCGUCCUCGUCGGAAUUCCAGUCUUCUUCCUCUUUGUUAGGCGGAGAAAGGUGUCUGCGAAGCGGUUCGGGGACAUUAGCAGUAAACCGUGGUGGAAGUUUUGGCAAAAAUAA